AGAAACGAACAAACAGCAUCGUCACUUUCACCAAAAAAACAAUACAGGAGCGUCACGCUCCCCGUCUGCCAGUCAUCAGUAUGCAAUUAGCUCUCUCUGUAACUCCUCAUUUCCCCUUUUUUCUCGCUUUACUCUCAGCUGCAGAAAGAGCGACGACGACAGAGGGGAGGGAAAGGAGAAGAGAGUACUGAGUAGUCAAGGCUUCAGAAGGAGACCCACAAAAGAAAACCCUCAUUCCAUCUUUCACCGUUCCACUCUCAGUUGAGUGAUGGAUCAUUCUCCUGAAGAAGAGUCGGAUAUCAGCGAGUCCGAGAUCAAUGAUCAUGUGGACAAACCAUACGAGCAGCUACGAUCUCAGUAUUACAAAGUACAGGUCAAUGGGGCUUUGAAAUGUCCCUUCUGUGCUGGGAAGAAAAAGCAAGGAUACAAGUACAAGGACUUGCUCCAACACGCAACUGGAGUGGGCAAGGGUGCUGCCAGUAGAAGCGGGAAGCAGAAAGCUAACCAUCUUGCAUUGGCAAAGUACUUGGAAAUCGAUCUAGCUGAUCUAGCAGAUGAGACGCUAACUCGACCUUUACCUCAACCCACCAACCAGUCUUCGGACCAAGAGGACAAGUUUGCGUGGCCGUGGAUGGGAAUUGUGGUGAACAUAUCUGCUGCAAGAUCAGCGGAUUCUCAAGUGCAAGACGACAGUGAGUACUGGUCAAGAAGUUUUGCUAAGUACAAACCUGCAAAAGUGCAGGUGCUGUGGAAUGACAAUCAUCAGGCCAGUCAAGCUGUCCUGCAUUUCGACAAUGAUUGGAAUGGAUUCACCAAAGCAACAGAUUUUGAGAAGGCGUUUGAAAGUCAGCGUCGUGGUAAGAAGGAUUGGAAGGCACGAGAAAACGAUCCGGGGUCAAGUUUCUAUGCCUGGUGUGCACGUAGUGAUGACUAUAAUUCGGAUGGACCAGUAGGGGAGUAUCUCCGCAAAGAAGCCAAGCUGACUACAAUCUCUGGGAUUGUUCAAGAAACAAAUCAAAACAGAAAUACAGUGGUAGCUGGGCUGACAGAUGAAAUUGCCAAGACUAAUCAAGAUCUUGAUAAAUUGCAGAGUAUGUACAAUAAGAAUGCAAUGACACUAAGCAAAACACUUGAAGAGAAAGACAAGUUGCAUAAUGCUUUUGUUGAAGAAACAAGGAAGAUGCAGCGGGUUGCACGAGACAAUGUUCACAGAAUCUUGGCUGAGCAGGAAAGAAUGAACAAUGAACUGGAGUUGAAGAAAAAGAAAAUUGAUAACUGGACUAAAGAACUGAAUAAGCGAGAAGCAUUGACAGACCGUGAGAGGCAAAGGCUUGAUGAGGACAUGAGGAAGAAUGACGUAGUGAACAACUCGCUCAAUUUGGCAUCCAUGGAGCAGAAGAAGGCUGAUGAGAAUGUUCUAAGACUGGUUGAAGAACAAAAGAGGGAAAAAGAGGAGGCCUUAAAUAAGAUCAUUCAGUUGGAGAAGCAACUUGAUGCAAAACAGAAGCUUGAAAUGGAAAUUCAGGAGCUAAAGGGGAAACUAAACGUGAUGAAGCAUCUUGAGGAUCAGGAUGAUGCAGCUGUUAAGAAAACCAUGAAAGAGUAUCAUGAUGAGUUGGAGCAGAAAAUAGAGGAUCUGAAUAGUGUAGAGACACUUAAUCAAACUCUCAUUGUGAAAGAACGUCAAAGCAAUGACGAGCUGCAGGAAGCUCGUAAACUGCUGAUCGAGGGGCUGUGUGAUACAUUAUCUGAUACUGCUCGCACCACCAUUGGGAUAAAGAUGAUGGGUGAACUGGAUCAAAAGGUUUUCCUCAAUGCAUGCAGAAAGAAACACCCACCUGCGGAUGCUGAGGUCAUUGCUGUAACACUAUGCAGCUCCUGGCAGGAGAAUUUGAAAGAUUCUGAAUGGUAUCCCUUUAAAGUCAUUAUCGCCGACGGGACUGAGAAGGGUAUUAUAAAUGAUGAAGACGAGAAACUGAAAGGUCUUCGGCAGGAGCAUGGUGAGGAGAUAUACCUAGCUGUGGUUACUGCCCUGAAGGAAUUGAAUGAAUAUAAUCCGAGUGGGAGGUACAUCAUUCGUGAGCUCUGGAACUACAAAGAGAAACGGAAAGCCACGCUGAAAGAGGUUAUUGGCUACAUCAUGAAACAAAUCAAGACGUUAAAGCGCAAGAGGUGAUGAUGGCUCGAGGUUUGCUUGCUUGGUGAUAAGUUGACGGCGCCGCCGCCACGUUCUGCCGGACCGGACCUCAUUAACUCAUCAAUCUCUUCUAUAUAUAUAUAUACACUUGAUCAACCAAUACCGCGCACGCCGGUGUCGGUCCGGCACACGGGGCAGUCGGAGUGCUGGAACAGCCACGUGUCGAUACAUCCGGCGUGGAAAAUGUGCAAGCACUCCGGCAGCACGCGGACGGGCUCCCCGACGGCGAACUGCGCCAGGCAGACUGCGCACGUGCCGUAAUCCUCCGUCUUGGCGCACGUGCCGACGUCGUCGCUGUACUGGCACGUGGGGAUGAGGUGGUCCACCGACGAGAACUGCUCCACGCUGGCGUCGCUGAAGUUCAUGACCGUGCGGAGCGGGACCGGCGGCGGCGUAUGGCCUGGCGCGUCGUCGUCAACGGCGGCUCCCCCGCGCGUGGCGGCGUUGUAGUGGCACCAUAGGUAGGCUAGGAGGCGGUAGAUGAGGAGGCCGGCGGUGGCGGUUAUGACGCCGACGACGGCGAUGGUGAGGGCCGGGAGGCCGAGGAGGCGGUGGCCGCCGCCGACUGGCAUGGGGACCGGUCGGAGACG